AUGGCUGCACCACCAGGACCCGGGUCGAACGACAACAACAGGUCAAGAAAGACUACCACCACUUCUACAACCAAGAAAAAACGCUCCCAAGGAGCACAACAGGAUCAACGCACUAACAAUGGCUACUACCACCGCGAGACAUCCCCUUCAAGCUCAAGCAACACUUCCUCUUCACGGGCAGCAAGUCCCACCCUCCUCAACCACGAUGAUCCCAUCCCCGAGUUUGACCAGACAUUUGUUAAUGAGGAACACAUGGAGGCAUUCCGCCAUGCCCUCGACGACAGUGUCCAUUCCGAGUCUUCAGCAGAACUCAUCUCGGCCGUCACUGACUUUAUUCCCAUUCAACAGACACCGACCAAACGCACACGCAAGACGCAACGAAGACGGUAUAACGGAUACAGCUACACCCUACUCCGAGUGCCACUCAUGGCCCUUAUCUUUGGCAUCAUUGCAGUGGAGAUGUGGAUGUACGUCUGCAUUCGCCAAAUUGUCAAUAUUUGGGAGUAUUUUGUGACAUGGCGUGGAAGGCGCAAUCACCUUCGAAAGGAUCUUAGGAGUGCCACUACCUAUGGCGCAUGGAAGGCUGCAGCUCAACAAUUGGACACCUACAUGAAGAAGGACGAGUGGAAGAACGAUCCCGACUUUGGAUACUACGACUACAACCUGCUUUCGAAAGUUAACAGGAACCUGCGUCUGUCGAGAGAUGGCAACAGGGUCGAGGAGCUCAAGGACCAUUUGCAAGGGGUUGUCAAGUCUAACUUUGGAGGUGUUGAGAAUGCUCGUCUCUAUUCGCAGACGUACCACGGCACCAAAAAACCUAUCGAGGACUACGUUCGUGAAGUGACAACAUCAUUGCGAUAUGUUACCGAGUCGGCCAAGUUGACGGAUGAGGACAAGCGGAGUUUUUUGAAGAGCAUUUACAAGAACUAUGGGCGAACAGCUCUUUGUCUUUCUGGAGGAGCAGGAUUUGGAUACUACCAUCUCGGUGUUGUUCGCGCACUUCUCCAGGCAGGCAUCCUACCGACCGUUAUCACUGGAACCAGUGCAGGAGCCCUGAUGGCUGCUUUGACAUGCUGUCGCACGGAUGAGGAGUUGAACGAGGUUCUUGUUCCAGAGCUCUCCCACAAGUUUACCGCCUGCGCUGAUGACAUCUUUACUUGGCUUCCUCGUGUCAUGAAGCAGGGUUCGCGUUUCGAUGCUGAGGACUGGGCCAGGAAGGCACAAUGGAUCACCAAGGGCAGUCUGACCUUCUUAGAGGCUUAUGAGCGCACAGGACGUAUCCUCAACGUCUCAGUCAUUCCUUAUGACCCUCAUUCGCCACCAAAGCUGCUCAACUACUUAACAACACCCGACUGCGUUGUUUGGUCUGCGGUCAUUGCUAGUGCUGCUAUCCCCGGUAUCCUCAACCCUGUCGUUCUCAUGCGCAAGCGCCCUGAUGGUACCCUUGUGCCUUUUAGCUAUGGAGGACGUGGUUACAAAGAUGGCUCCCUCCGUGCCGACAUUCCUCUCCAGGCUUUGCAUACCCACUUCAACGUGAACUACACCAUUGUCUCGCAAGUGAACCCUCAUGUCCACUUGUUCUUCUACGCUGCUCGAGGAAGUAUUGGUCGUCCUGUCAGUCACUUGUCUGGUGAAGGUUGGCGCGGUGGAUUCUUGGCAGCUUCGAUCGAACAGUUCUUGAAGCUGGAUCUGUCAAAGUGGCUCAAGGUGCUUCGUGAUCUGGAAUUGCUCCCCAAGUUCAUGAACCAGGACUGGUCCUGGAUCUGGUUGCAGAAGUUUGAUGGCCAUGUCACCAUCCUUCCAAAAUCAGGACUGUCGGAUUGGUUGCAGCUUGUCACGGAUCCAAGCGAGGACCGGAUGAGACACUGUUUGACAGUGGGUGAGAAGCAGACAUUCCCCAAGUUGCACAUGAUCGCGAACCGUAUGAAGAUUGAACAGAUGAUUACUCGUUGCCGCACUGAAGUCAAGGAGAAGUUGGAUCGUAAAGCCGACAACGGACGGAGUCUUCGCGGUUCUGGAAUUUUUGGCGGCGGAUCGUUGCUCUCGGAGGACAGUGAGAAUACUGUCAAUGCCAGGAUGCAGGCGUUUGGGGAAGGGUACAGCCAGCACCAGUACUCUAAGGAGGGUAAUAGGGACAUGAUGGGUGCAGAGGCCAGGGUUGGACGUAAGAAACGGGUUGCUUCUUGGCCGAGCUUGCGGUAUGCGCUUGGUCGUGAGUCUGUGGACGAGUAUGGACUUGCGCAGGCCAAGUUGCGGCAUGAAGAUGAUGGUAGUUAUGAUGAUGAUUAUGAGGAGGAGGAUGAUGAGGAGGAUGAGGAGGAGGUUGAUGAUGAGGAAGACGAGAGGGUGGGGAUGGUUGAACGUGAGGAUGACGAUGUCGGUGUGUAUACCAGAUAA